ACAGCAGCACCUGAAUCGGAACAGCGCUUAGUUUGACAUUUUACGUGCAUUUUUUUCCAGACUCAUAAGUGAUCGAGUUUGUGCUUGCUGUCUACCAUGACAACAGUUUUUACUUUUCCUGUCAUAUGAGGGCACCAUGUUCAUUUUCUUUCUUGGAAAUUUAUUUUAAAGCUCAUAUUAUUAUUUUUCUGCUUUUUGCUGAUAUAUUUCUAUGCAUUAGAGAAAUAAAGUAAUUUACGCUACGUUUUGGACUUGUUUUUACAAACGAGCACAAUGUUGCUGAUGUUUCUAGCGUUGUGCCUAUCCUGUGCAGAAGGAAUGAAGGUUGUGGAGUUGUCAGAUGACCCAAGAUCCCUAUCCCCUCUCGCUGUUCUUCCAAGUGUGAACUAUCAAAUCAUCAAUGCAGACUACCUCCUCCUCAGAGACACCAGUCAGGAUGUAAUGGACAACUCCAGCCUGCAUUCACAAAGGCAACCUUUCAUCCUCACUGGACUCAAUGGCCAGCCUGCCAUCAAUGUCAGCUAUGGUCCCAUGUCUUUGGAGCAGUCUAUACCACUGCAUAUGAUCCACACUGGCCCCAGGAUCAGACCAUUUUUAUUGGCCCGUCAAGUAAGAUCGUCUACACCUGCCCUAUAUGUGUUGUUUUAUGCAACCAGUAAUAGGGAUGAUAUGAGUGAGGGGUCAAUGCAAAACAUCCCAGGGCAGAACGAAGGAGGGUACCUCUGUGUUACGGCAUACGCAUUCUGGGAAUCCAGGGAGGUCAGGAACAACUGCUCUAUCUCGGCAGAUGGUGGCUUCUGCUUGGUACACCUGAAGCCUGAGCCAGCGUGGUUUAACCCUGGAGGUAGCAGGUCGAGCUGGGAGCAGAGAGGUGAUCAAAGAGGAAAUGUUGCUGAACUUUACUACCAGAUCAGACCCAGUCCCAGUGGUCAGUGUGUCCUGCAAGAGAGCAAGAUAAGAAGGGGUACACAGCAUGGUGAACUGGGACGGCAGCUCUAUGGAACCUCUAUGAAGAGGAUUGGAACUGUAAACCUCCUGCGAUCACAUCCUGGAAACCCCACGUUUAUGCGAUUACGCCUCGGAGGAGCCGUCAUCAUCCAGACAUCCUCGAAACCACUGAAGACCACAGACACCGCAACUUUCUACGUGUUCCUAACAAGUACAUCGCCAGUUGAACAUUUCAUACUCAAAGCCACAUCAAGAAAAGGCAUGUCAUUCAGCACAGCCAGACCCAGCGACGCACACCUGUGGGACAUCACUCUGGAACCUGGCAGAGAAAGUGACACCCAAACCAUCUCUGUGACCUGCCAGAAGAAAAGCACCUUUACUAGCAAAAGAGGUCUGCUGGAAGUCUUACAGUUGGACUUUGAGAUGGAGGAGCAGAGUGAUCAGUUAGAGAGCCAGAUGAUCACGUGGCGACUGGAGCUGCCUGGAAACAUGAUCCGGGAUGAAGGAACCAUGAGGAUUUACAUCAUUCAGAGAGACUAUGUGGGAAUAGCACCACUGAUCACGGAUACAGAGCUCCUCAACACGGCCGUGCUGACUGGUAAGAGGGUUUCUGUGCCUGUGAAAGUUUUGGGAGUUGAGGCUGAUGGCUCCAUCACAGACAUCACUAACUCAUCUCACUGCAGGUCUUCAGACCAGGAUGUCCUGAAGGUGUCUGAAAGGUGUGAUUCUGUGUAUGUUAAUGGCAAGGAGACAUGUGGAAGAGUGAGGAUGAUGGUGAACUUCACCUACAGCUACCUGAGCACACAGCUUGAGGUGAGCGUAUGGAUGCCUCGACUCCCCUUGCAAAUGGAGAUAUCUGAUCCAGAGCUUAGUCAGAUCAAAGCCUGGAGAAUUCCUGUCACAGGGAACAAAAGAGUGAGCUGGGACACAGAGGAAGAGGAUGAGAGGAAGGGCCGAGGCUGCAUGCUGCAGUAUCAGCACAGUUUGAUUCGAGUGCUUACAGUCUUCACCGCAGAAUCGCCAGAUCCAAGCAGCCCAUCUCCUGCAUACUUCCUUGGCGCUGAUUGGCAGGUAGAUGUGACGCGGCUGGUGCGCUACUUUCUGAGAGUUGGGGAUACGAGCGUCGCUCGCCUGCAGGCAGGAUCCGUGCUGACAGGCAAGGCUGUGGGAGUCACCACUGUGCAGGUGAUGUCUCCGUUGUCGAACUCGGUUCUGGCUGAGAGGAUGAUCCGGGUUCUGGAUGAUAAAGUCAGUAUUACAGAGCUGGGCGUGCAGCUGGUCUCUGGCCUUUCCCUGAACCUGCAGCUCAGCCCAGGAAGUAGCAGGGCCAUCGUUGCCAAGACAACUACACAGGAGAUCAUACACUACCCCAAGCAGGAGGCAGUGGUUGGCUGCUGGCUAAAGUUCAGUGAUGGCUCCCAGACUCCUCUUGAUCUGUACGAUCCCAGUGGUUAUUCCCUCACCAUUUCUUCACUGGACCCAAGGGUAGCAUCUGUGCGGAAGAUCCCAGGGUCCGUCUUUGUUGUGGUUGCUGAAGCCGAGGGACAGGGCUUACUGCUCCGAGCGGAGCUAGCUAUCUGUGAGGCCUGUCAGAAAUCUAAACGCAAGAGCAAACUGGCUGUGGGUGGAGGCAUGGUGAAGGUAAAAUUCCCACCGGAUGAACAGCUUGCAGGGACUGGCAAAAAAGGAAGUGACCGGGCCAAUGAUGGUGAGAAUGGAGACAAAUGGAUCCUUACAUCCCCUCUGAACACACUUCAACACACAGUUAUCCAAGAGAGCACCACAAAUGCGAUCAAAGCAGCAACCAAAUCCAACUUUCAAGAAGCAAUAGGAGAUGGCGUAUCCACAAUUAAGUCAAUAAACACUAUGGAUAAAACACUCAUUACCAAGCCCAUCGCAGACAGAGCACUUGUUACUGUAGGUCCCAGAAGUCCAAUAAAGAAUGGAUAUGGAAACUUGCUUGAGAAUGCCAACUUCCCAUUUCCACCGGAAGAACCCAAGCGAGAACCACCCCUAGUGGAGAGCGAUCUGAUACAGAUGUUUAGUGUGUUCACAGACAUAGAGGUCUGCAUCUAUGCAUUGGUAGGACUCUCUUGCUUGGCCGUUAUCACCAUCUUGCUUCACUGUGCUACCAACAGUGCAAGAUCACACAGCAAGAAGUCUCCGAUUCAGUGCCAGGAUCAGUCCGAGCACAAGCAUCACUGGGUACGUCUAGGCACAGCUGCAGAGCAAAACAGAGCUGUGCCGAUUGCAACUACCUCCAAGCAGGAGAUGCAGGCAGCUGUGAAGAUCCCGAGAGCUGUUCAGAUGCAGAAUAGCAGAGGCCCGGAGACAAUCCAGCCGAGGGAGAUCCCAGCCAUUGCAGGUGAGGAGAGAACUGCCACUCUGGGGCGAAGAACCAACACGCUUCCUCCACGGCGGGAUCCGAUGGCUCCAUUGCCUCCGAUGGCUGUCAGAUCAGCCACCCUGCUGGCAAGGCCUGUUCGCAGUGAACCUCUACAUUCUCCCACAAGCAAAAGGAAUCAAGUACAGUUUACAACCUUCGCUACUCUGGACAUCAAACAUCUGGCUGCUCUCAAGAACGGCCAGAACUUCAGCUGGGCCAGCCAACCAGUUGGAGGUUGUCAAGCUGCCAGUAUUGGCCAGGGUGGGUUAAAUGGUAAAGCCGAAAGAGUCAAUCAUGUACAUUUUUGUAGCCCAGUGGAAGUAUUUGGUCAGACACCGGAAUCCAAAGAUUCCCAAGGGUUUCUUCCAGAAGGUCCAUGGCCUGUGGCUACACCAGUGUCAAAAGUGUGAUGCAGGAAAUGGUUGUUUGUACAACAGCUCUAUUGGCCUCUUUCAUGAAAUAAGAGCAGGAAUUUCGGUGUAAAUUGUCCAUGAAUCCAUUCUUAUAUAAACUGUUGCAUUGAACUGAAUUUGACAGUUUGUAUAGUAAUGUUUUUAUGAACAAUUUAACACAAAAAUGUCUUUCUCAUUUAUGUGCAUGCCUGUCUGAAAAGUUUCUCUCAAUUUGAUGUAAAUAUUUCUGCAACCUUUUUCAAUAUUUACUUUUCCUGCUUUUGUAUAUUUGUAAUAUUAAAAUUAA